AUGGACCUUCAACAGCUCGACCUCGCCGACUUGGUCCAAGCCCAGCAGAGAUCACUACUACGAAGCAGUACUUCUACCACUGCCACUGUCGGCCCAACGCUGUCCGAGCUUGCUCAGGCCAACGUCGACCACUUCCAGGCCUACGCGGACAAGCGGGCCCGCCUCGCCGAAAACGACGUCACUUCCUUCUUCACCCCGGCGUGGAACUCCCAGCUCGAGAACUCCCUCCUCUGGAUCGCCGGCUGCCGCCCUUCCAUAUUCGUCCGCAUGCUCUACGCCCUCUGCGGGUCCCACUCCGAGUCCACGUGUCACGUCCUCCUCUCGGACGCCGCCCCGCCGCCGUCCUGCACCACGACGGCGGGGACGUCCCUCGGGGAGCUGUCGUGGGGGCAGAUGAACGUCAUCAACGAGCUCCACAUGAGGACGGUGAGGGAGGAGGAGAAGCUGACGAGCCAGCUGGCCAGCCUGCAGGAGGACGUGGCCGACAACCCCAUCUGCCGUGUCGUGGCGGCGGCAACGGCGGCGGGAGGACGGCCACGUGGCGGCCGGGAGGUGGACAGGGCGCUGGAAGGCUACGAUAGAGGGAUGGUGAGGCUGCUUAAGGAGGCUGACAAGCUGAGGAUGAACACGCUCAAGGAGAUCAUCGGCGUGUUGACCCCGAUUCAGGCCGUGGACUUUCUGGCUACCGGGAAGAGCCUCCAUCUCACGCUUCAUGAAUGGGGCAAACACAAGGAUCAAGCCGAUGAAGGUGGUGGUUCUUCUUCUACAGCGGCUGGUGCGUGUUAA